GGACAGAGUCUUUAGCUAACCUUCCUGCCUACUCCUUAAUCCACGUCACGGUUCAGGCAAAAACCUGUGCGGAGGGUGAGAAAAGUGAAGAGAUAACGUGUACAGUAGAGCGAAAAGAGCCACCGCAAUCCGUCCCAACGAUGAAUCUGACAGAUUCCAAACCAGGAAGCACCUCAUUUCAGGUCUCCCUGCCUCAAGUAAGCCAGCGGAGCGGACCGAUAAGCUGUUACCAGGUUAUUGUUGUAAAGAUGAACAAAGGAGAAACACUGGAAGCACUAUCUGGAAGAUUGGGAGAACCCAAUGACAUCCUAACGUCAUCUGCAGAGGAGGAAGGCAAAACAGUACCUUAUGUUGCAAUGGCCUUUUCCGGCGGCAACAUUGAAAGCGACCCCAUCACUGUGGGAAAAGGAGAGGACUGCACGGACUCGUGCUGCCGGGUUGGUGUAGUAGACGGUGCACCAGAACCGGGCAACAAGGAGCUGUCUCCAGGAACCGUCUACACUACAGUCAUCCGUGCUCACGUGGAUACCAGUCAGGGGAGGAGGAGAAAAAGGGCAAUUUCACAGGCACACACGUCGUCAUCAUAUAGCAAACCAGUUACCACAGAUGCAGUUAGUUCUCAAGCUGGUGCGAUCGUCGGAGGGAUACUUGCAGCGGUGGCCGUUCUGUGUAUCGUUGGCGUUGGUCUAUUUUUCUACAGGAGGCGCCUAGCAGGGAAGGACGACAACCCCCUACGUAUCCCACGUCGACCACCUACUACUAGAAGAACGGCGAAAGAGGAUGACACCCAGUUGGGAGCAAUCGGAGGGAUGGAAGAAGAGGCUGUAGAAGUGAAGAAAUCUCCUGCUCCAAAACAUAAACCCAAACCACACAGGCCAAGCAGAAGGGGCGGUGCCUCACCUUCCUUAGACCUACGCCAGCCCAUCCCGAUCCAGCGGUUGGAGAGGGAGUUCGCCAGGCGGCACGCUAACGAUGACCAGCUGUUCGUGGAAGAAUAUAGCUCACUGCCCAAGCCGUUUGGAAGAGAGCAUGCAGAAGCCUACUACAACGAGGAAAAUGCCUCCAGAAACAAGUUCAGGAACAUUAUCGCAUAUGACAGGGGCCUUGUAAGGCUGACUCCGAUUGAGGGAGUUCCAGGAUCAGGCUAUAUCCAUGCAUCUUACAUGGAUGGAUAUCAGGAGAAGAACAAAUUUAUUGCUGCUCAGGGCCCAAUGGACAACACUAUAGAUGACUUCUGGAGGAUGAUCUGGGAGACUGGUUCCACAGCAAUCGUCAUGGUAACCAACCUGGAGGAAAAUGGAAAGAAAAAGUGUUCUCAGUACUGGCCAAAAAGUGGUGAGAAGACCUAUGCCUCUGAUCUGGUCGUACGUCUGGAGGACACUGUGAAAAUGGUGGACCACGUGACCCGUACGCUUCUGCUUAGGAAGGCUGGAGAGAGGAGGGUCCGUAAGGUUACUCACUUCCACUUCAUCGGCUGGCCAGACUUCGGGCUGCCCAAGAGCCCCAUGGGCCUGCUGAAGUUCCACAAGACUGUGAUGUCUGCACUCACACCGAGGGACAGGCCCAUUGUCGUCCACUGCAGUGCUGGAGUAGGUCGUACAGGAACUUUCAUCACUGUGGACGCCAUGUUGGACAUGAUCCGUGCCGAGGGGAAGGUUGACGUGUUCGGGUUCGUGGAACAGAUGCGCCAGAACAGGAGCUUUAUGGUGCAGACUGAGGGUCAGUACGUGUUCAUCUUCAAGGCCAUCCUGGAAUACUACCUGUACGGAGACACGGAGACUGAAGUGUCUAACAUCCACCGCUACAUGCAGAACCUGAAGAAGGAGGAUCCACAGACUGGCAAAACUGGACUCGAAACCGAAUUUGGGAAGCUGACACGUAUCCCUGUGGACAAAGCCAACAUGCGCUCAGGGAACCUGCCGGAGAACCUGUCCAAGAACAGGGUGUUGCAGGUCCUGCCAUACGACACCACCCGAGUUUUCCUGCAGCAGAAGCCAGGGGUGAAGGGAGCCGAUUACAUCAACGCUUCCUUCAUUGACGGCUACAACAUGAAGGACGCGUACAUCGCUACCCAGGGCCCGCUGGACCGGACUGUGGAGGACUUCUGGAGGAUGGUGUGGGAGUGGAACUCCUGCUCUAUCGUCAUGAUCACCGAGAUCAAGGAGAAGGGCCAGAACAAGUGUGCCAUGUACUGGCCGGAGGAGGGGAGCCAGGCGUUCGGUGACUACACUGUGUCUCUUCAAGACCAGACUGACUACCAAGACUACACCCUGCGCACCUUACAUCUCACCAAGGGACAGGGAGGACAAACCCGCACGGUGCAGCAGUUCCACUUCCACGGCUGGCCGGAAGUCGGUAUCCCUGACAACGCCGCCGGGAUGAUCGAUCUGAUUGGUCAGGUCCAGAAGCAGCAGCAGCACUCUGGCAACGGACCAAUCACCGUGCACUGCAGUGCCGGCGCCGGCCGCACAGGGGCGUUCUGUGCCAUCAGCACGGUCCUGGAGCGGGUGAAGGCAGAAGGAGUCUGUGACGUCUUCCAAGUCGUCAAGACGCUCCGACUGCAGCGGCCUCACAUGGUGCAGACACUGGACCAGUACCAGUUCUGUUACCAGGCUGUUGUUGAGUACCUGGACAGUUUUGACCACUACGCCAACUUCCGCUGAGCGCUGGGUGGCAACUUUGAGUCCAGACAAGAACUGAUCAUCAGUCCAAGACUUAUACUGUGUAUCUUGUAUAAUGUUUGGUUGUAAUUGUGUGCUGUAAGCACAAAUGAUUAUUUGCUAUAAACUAAGACCUAAUUAUUAUAGAACCUAUGCUAUAAGCAUUCAUUUGACGAUUCUACAGCUUCAAUACAUGCAAAACAUCAACAGAUUCUCGUUUCAACUUUAAAGUUUAAUACAGCAUUGCAAUCUUAAUACACAAUUAUUCACUAUAGCUAAGUUCCGAUUUGAAAUGCUUUUCUGCUGUUUUUUAAAGAGGUUUGAUGUAGUUUUACAAUGUAAUCAAGAAAUUAUCGUAUUGACCUAAUGUGUAAAUUAAGUAAAUGUCUAGAUUUUCUUUGAUUUAUUUUUUAUAAGAAAUCGGAUGAUUGAAGUGCAAUAAUUCUCACUAGCAUGUGCAUAUAAUGUGGAUAUCAGAUAUCUGUGAUUAUCAAUGUAUAGAAAGCUCAAAUGUAUUUGAUACAUUGCUGUGAAUAAUAUUUUACCUGGAAACUAGAUUUGAUGACAUCAUUGAACGUUUAAGGUGACAAGUAGCUAGAUGAAAUCAAAGCAAUGUCAGAACACUGUUAAUACUACAUAAUUGCACUAUGUUGAACUAAAAUGAUACUGUUACUGACUAGAUAUGAUUGACAUCACAUCACAUCACAUCUCAUUGUGCAUAAAGAAUAUUUUGAUACUGAAUAGUGCCAAGUCUAGAAAGCAUCAUAUCAUGCUGAAAUUAAUCUUGCUGAUUUGUCUCCUACACUUCACAACUGAUUAAACUACAUUGAUCA